AUGGGCCUCUUGACGAUCAUACGUAAACAGAAGCUUAAAGACCACGAGAUCAGGGUUCUUAUAUUGGGCCUAGAUAAUGCUGGCAAAAGCACUAUUGUCAGUAACCUUAUGGGCCUGGAUCCUCGAGAUGUGGCGCCUACAACAGGGUUCCUGAUCCAUACGUUCCCCUGGAAAGGGUACAAUAUCAAUGCAUGGGAUAUUGGCGGACAACUUCUGCUUCGAGGGUUCUGGAGCAACUACUUUGACCGAUCAGAUGUGGUUAUUUGGGUCAUUGACGGCUCAAACCUUGAUCAGCUCGAGGAGCUGUAUCGGGAACUACGAGAAAAGGUUAUUCAACAGGACCAGUUAUCUGGCGUAUACUUUGUUGUUUUGAUCAACAAGGUUGAUUUGAUGGGCGACGAAGAAAGAGAACAGGUGAAGAAUAUGGUUGAAGACGAAUUGAACCUUGCCAGUGAAGUUCCACUUGAAAAGUACACCAUUAGAACGGUUUCUGGGAUCACUGGCGAAGGUUUACACGACGCCAUCGACUGGAUCGUGGACAAAGACGUCUGGUAA